UUGUUUUCGAGUAUCUAUCAUUAAAACCUUUCGCUUUUCGUAAUCUUGAAGGCUUUCCAAUCGCACAAUUUAUUUGUUUAGUUCUUCUUUUUUUGAAAAUUUAUUUGGUGGAUGAAGUUUCGAAUCAUAGAACCAUUCUUUAGGCUAUAAAUAAGGCUGUUUUUGUGUAUGUAAGAGAUCAAUCUCACUUCAGUAGCUCUGUUUGAUUAUUGCCUCGAAUUCUUAAUCAGGUUAUUGAAUUAAAACGCGAGAUCUGAGCAAUGGCGACAGAUUCAUCAAAUGGGGAACAAAAGACAACCUCAAAGCCACCACCUUUGCCAUCUCCAUUGCGCUUUUCUAAGUUUUAUCAGUCCAACAUGAGGAUCCUGGUUACUGGAGGAGCUGGUUUUAUUGGUUCUCACUUAGUUGACAAAUUGAUGGAAAAUGAGAAAAAUGAGGUGAUUGUUGCUGAUAACUACUUCACCGGAUCCAAGGACAAUCUUAGAAAGUGGAUUGGCCAUCCUAGAUUUGAGCUUAUUCGUCACGAUGUUACUCAGCCGUUGUUGGUUGAGGUUGAUCAGAUUUACCACCUUGCCUGUCCUGCUUCUCCAAUUUUCUACAAAUACAAUCCUGUGAAGACAAUAAAGACGAAUGUCAUUGGCACACUAAACAUGCUGGGACUUGCCAAGCGAGUCGGAGCAAGGAUCUUGCUCACGUCAACUUCUGAAGUAUACGGAGAUCCCCUUAUCCAUCCACAACCCGAGACAUACUGGGGUAAUGUUAAUCCAAUCGGGGUUCGGAGCUGCUAUGAUGAAGGAAAGCGUGUGGCUGAGACACUAAUGUUUGAUUAUCACAGACAGCAUGGAAUAGAGAUACGGAUUGCUAGAAUCUUCAAUACGUAUGGCCCACGCAUGAACAUCGAUGAUGGACGUGUUGUCAGCAAUUUCAUAGCUCAAGCACUUCGCGGUGAACCACUGACGGUUCAAAAACCUGGAACACAAACUCGCAGUUUCUGUUAUGUCUCCGACAUGGUUGAUGGUCUUAUUCGUCUCAUGGAGGGGGAGCACACUGGUCCAAUCAAUAUUGGAAACCCAGGUGAAUUUACCAUGGUCGAGCUUGCUGAGACUGUUAAGGAGCUUAUUAAACCCGAUGUGGAGAUAAACAUGGUGGAGAACACUCCGGAUGAUCCACGGCAGAGAAAACCCGACAUCACAAAGGCCAAAGAAUUGCUAGGUUGGGAGCCGAAAGUCAAGUUGCGGGAUGGUCUUCCGCUCAUGGAGGAAGAUUUCCGAUUGAGGCUUGGAAUCUCUAAAGAGUGAUCAAACCUAUUAGUGGAUUAUACUAAUAGAGAUGAGAUUCACUUCUUGCGGGGAACAAUACAUCCAGCCUUCGGUCUUUGUUCUCCAAUGCCUCCUAUUGGUCUUUACUAUAUCAAAGGAAAAAAAAAAACCAUAGCCAUUGAGAGUAGGAAUUUUGUGCAACUAUUUUAAUUUUCGGUCCUUAAAGUGGACAUUGAUGAUGGUCUUGAUGCCAUGAAUUUUGUUUGCUACUGCUAUCAAUAAAAAAAAAUGGUGAUUAUCUAUUAAA